GGAAACUAUUUUUUAGCAAUUAUAUGACUUGAUAGUAUAAAAAUUAGUUUACAUCAUCACCGUAUAAAAAAUAAUCCAACUACAAAAUGGGGUAGGUGUUAGGCCUCUAUAGUUGUGGAGAAUAGAGUGUGGAAAAUUGCACCCUGUGACCUAGUGAUUUAAUGAAGUUGGGAUGAGUAUCGUGAGAUCUCAGGUUCAAGUUUUAGCAGAGACUAGUACUAGGUAUUUUCUUUCCAUCUGUUCUAGCCUUGGUGGAUAGAGUUACUUGAUACUUAUUGCUGAUGGGAGAUGACAGAUAUUCCGUCGAUUUAGUCGAGGUUCAUGAAGUUAUAAAAAAAAAGUGUGGAAAAUCUUUUUUAGCAAUUAUGUAACUUGAUAGUAUAAAAAUUUUUUACACCAUCAGUGUAUAAAAAAUAAUCCAACUAUAAAAAGGGGUAGGUGUAAUACCUCUAUAGUUGUGGAGAAUAGAGUGUGGAAAGUGAAAAUGGGAAAACCAUGGUCUAUGUUAAUGGCUAUGCUAGUGAUCUUAACUUUGGUGAUCAAUAGCUUUGAAGUGAAAUUUGCAAAUGCUAAAAUGAGUGAAAGUGCUUGUAAAGAAGAGAGAAGAAUUGGUGUAAAUGCUUGUAAGCCAGUUUUGUAUGGCAAAGUUCCUUCACCAAAGUGUUGUGAAAGAAUAAGAUUGACACAUAUUGAGUGUGUAUGUAGUGUUAUUACGCCCAAAUUGGCUGCACUUGUUGACAUUAAAGCCGCCGUGCGCAUUGUUGAAGGUUGUGGGCGUAGAGUCCCAAGAAAUUACAAGUGUGGAAGUAUCACUACACCUCCAUAAGGAAUAUAAUCAGCUUAAUUAUUGCUUGCUGCUAAGUGCAUCUCUUCUCCCCAAGCUCAGUUUUUCAAGUGUGUAAUAAAUAUAUUUGCAAUAUGGAAUUUAAGUAGUUAUUCAUAAAAAGACAUAUCUAUUAUUGUCUUUGUGUGACUACGGAUUCGAGCUAUUUAAACAAUCCUUUGAGGUAUGGCCUUUCGUCGAAUUCUACUAAUGCAGAUGCUUUAUGCA